UGCCUCAGAGGAGGCGGGUUUUGUUCCGGCCGCUGAUUGGCUGGCUGCCUCCGUUGUCCCGCCCUUGCCGGCUGCUGAUUGGCUGCCGGCUGAUUAGUUGUACGUGGCAGCGACAUUUUCUAUUGUGCCCUGGUUGCUGUGGUUGUGUUGCGGGACGGGGAAAAUUUCGCUGUUUUUGGCCAUUUUUUGCCUUUUUUUUUAGCCUUUUUUCUACCUUCUUACACGCGUUCUCGCCGCGCCGCACGUGGGUGAGCUGCUUUCAGCGCUCCCUUCCUCUGCUCUGCGGCGUGAUGGAGGCAGCGGGACCAGCGGGACCUCCGCGGGGCCGGGGUCGCGGCAGGGCCCGGUGGCACACGGUAUUUCCUCCUCUGCAGCACCCCUUGUUGCCUGCCCCUGGCUCCUGCAUUCCCAGCCACAAGCUGCCCUCAGAGGACAUUUGGAGAUUUUGGCCUGGGGAGGCUCCUGAGAUAUCGUUGUGGCGCUGCCUGUGGAGGAGAAGAGGAAUGAGGACAACGAUUCUGUGAGGGAUUGUCCUUCCUCCUCUGCAGCACCCCUUGUUGCCUGCCCCUGGCUGCUGCAUUCCCAGCCACAAGCUGCCCUCAGAGGACAUUUGGAGAUUUUGGCCUGGGGAGGCUCCUGAGAUAUUGUUGUGGCGCUGCCUGUGGAGGAGAAGAGGACUGAGGACAAGGAUUCUGUGAGGGAGAGUCCUUCCUCCUCUGCAGGACCCCUUGUUGCCUGCCCCUGGCUGCUACUUUCCCAGCCACAAGCUGCCCUCAGAGGACCCGUGGAGAUUUUGGCCCUUGGAGGCUACAGAGGGGAGGCUCCUGACAUAUGGCUGUGGCGUUGUCUGUGGAGGAGAAGCACAAUGAGGACAACGAUUCUGUGAGGGAGAGUCUUCUUACCAAGUGCAAGGCUAGAAGAGUUGCGGCCUGGAAGCUAUACGUGUUCGGCAUCAUCAGUCUAAUAGAGUUCCUGGUUUUGAUUUCCAUUAUCAUCUGGCUCUCUCAACGUGCGUAUUCCUGCCCCCAUUCGUGGAUCGGGUUCGAGGGGAAAUGUUUCUACUUCUCCGACGGGGAAAAGAACCAGACCUUGAGCCGGGCUGACUGCCACGUGCACGGCGCCAACCUGGCCGUGAUCCAGUCCAGGGAGGAGCUGGAGUUCAUGAUGCGCUAUAAAGGUUCUCACGACCACUGGAUCGGGCUGAGCCGCCAGAACCCGAGGCAGCGCUGGGAAUGGGACGAUGGCACCGAAUUUGACAGCUCAUUGUUUCCCAUCGGAGGAGGCGAGGAUUUUGCUUUCUUGAACAACCAAAGAGUCACCAGCGCGCGCAGCAGCGGCGAGCGGCACUGGAUCUGCACCAGGCAGCCCUGAGGCCGGCAGACAGGGCGCCUCCAGGUCUCGUGCAGAGAAUACCGCACACCUUGGUGCCCUGUCAGAUAUUUUGGGGAACUGACAAGACCAGGGUUCAUUCCUCAGGCCUGCAGGUGGUGUUUUGUCACAGCUGCUGCUCCUGGAGCUUUUUCAGGUUUUCUGUCUGCUACUACGCAGUUCCCUUGCUUCUGCAAAACGUUUUUGUCAUCUCAAACUCUUGUGCACUACAUUUUUGCUUCGUCUUUAUCAGUGCAUAGCAUUAAGGUAGGAGACACAAGGUUGUAUUAGGAAAAGUAUUAAUGUAGCGUGUCGUGUUAACUGGCAAGAGAUACUCCAUUUCCUUUUUAACUCUUCAAACCCUUUUCUAAGGGCACUUGCACUUUUUUAGCAGAGGAGGAGGAGCAUUUUAAAAUACAGUGUUUUGUCAAAGAGAUAUCAGUAUUGUGCCUAGGCAGAAACUGUCACAGGAUGGGAAUAUCUCAGACCGCGUCCUGGAAAUGGUUUGGACUGGAAGAAGGCUUCAAGAUGGUCCUGUUCCAACCUCACUGCCCUGGGCUGAAGUCCCUGAGCUGCUGCAGGGGGUGGAAAUCAGCUGUAACCCAUCACCCCUGCUGGUGCUAUCCUGAGAAAUGUGAAUAGCAGGUGUGUGGCUGUGGCAGGGAACAACUUCCCACAUUUGCCAUUCCUCCUGUACUCGAAGAAACUCUUCACGGGCUCCCAGGCUGGAUGGAAGUAGCAGUUCAGUCAGGUCUCACGUUAAUGUAGACUGGUGCCCGUGGAGAGAAAUGGUGCCUUUCUCUUGCUUUUCUGCUCCUCUGUAUCUUUGUAUUAUAUCAACACUAUUUUUCUACGUACUGUUUUAAUAUAUGUGCAAUUUCUUAAU